AUGCCUCCCAGGAAGAAAGCCAGACAUAUUUCUCCAGGAAACAAUUCCAGGAAGGAUGCUGAGCCCUCUCGACGGAGUGUACAAUCAAAUCGAGGUGUUGGAGGUCAUGUAGCCCAGCUGCAAAAAGCUGGUGAGAUGGUGAUGGCCCCAACAAGGCAAAGGAAGGGCGCUAUUGAAAUGAGUGAUUCAGAAGAAAAUCCAAUGGCUCCUUUGCAAGUCGCUCCUGCAAAGGCCAAAGCUGUACAGCCAGAAUGCCAAUGUGCUCGCUCUCCACAUCCAUUCCUCCACACUGCACACCAUUCUGAUAGGUUUUGGUUCAAGCUGCCGUCUGCUACUGACAGUCGGGACCUAACCGGACCUGGUCGCAGCCAGAACAAGACUAGAGAGAUGGAGCAAGACUCACCUGAUCGUGACGAGCUCGAGUACGACACUUACGACAAUGACAUGCAAGACAAUGAAGAUCUUUUCAGAAAUCCUGAUGACAGCUACCAGCAACAUGAACAAGACAAACAAGACAAACUAGAUGGCGAACAUGGCGAACAUGAUGACAAACAAGAAGAUGAGCAGGACAACAAGCAGGACAACAAGCAGGACAACAAUCAGGACAAAUAUGAACAACAAGACUAUGAACAAGAUAAAUAA